AUGUCUACCUCCGGUGGUAGCAAAAGAAACUUUGACAUCAAAGAAGAAGAUCACAACAAUGACAUCCCCCAAAGCCCACUCCCUAGCUUGAAACGACAUGAUUCCUUAGAUAUUGAGUCCUCUAGAUUUGCCAACCACCAUGACCAUCACAACACCGAGGGUAAUUGGAGAGCAAUAGUCAAACUAGCGUUUCAGAGCAUUGGGGUGGUUUAUGGUGACAUCGGGACAUCACCGUUGUACGUGUAUGCAAGCACUUUCAUCAACGGGAUCAAGCAUGAAGAUGACAUUUUGGGUGUUUUGUCAAUCAUCUUUUACACCAUCACGUUAAUUCCUGUUAUUAAGUACGUUAUGAUCGUGUACGUGCCAAUGAUAAUGGCGAUGGGGGUACUUUUGCAUUGUAUUCGAAACUGUGUCGAUAUGCAAAGGUGGGUUUGA